GUGAUCCCAAUCCCAAACUCCAUACAUAUCUACAUACAUAGUACAUCCAUGGAUAGUACCGGUAGGUAAGAAAUACCGGUCAGGGGAACAUUAAAAAGCUCCUUAACGGGCGGCAUUUGGCGCCGUUUUCGUGUCUUCGUUCCUCCCUGUUUCUCUUCUAUUCCCAUCCGCACGCUUUUCACCAUGCAAGAGCAAAAGAUCGAGACCGAGUUCGGUACGCUCUGGACUGCCUGCAGUGAACCUCAGGCAUCUUCCAAGUCGAACCCAGCUAUCUUGUUUCUGCAUGGCAGUGCAACUAGCUCACGUAUCUUCGAGCCACUUCUAAACUCGCCGGAGCUCAAAUCCAAUUACAAACUCGUUGUUUUCGAUUUUCCAGGUCACGGCCGCUCUUCCGACGCUCCUGACCCCAACAAAUCCUACUACCAGUACGCCUAUGCAGAAGCGGCCCUGGAAGUCCUCCGGCAUUACAACAUCACGCAAAUUAUAAUACUAGGCUGGAGCCUUGGUGGGCAUGUCGCACUGGAAUUUGUCUCUGUGCUCGCGAAUACCAAACAGCCCACUGACAUUCGUAUCGCUGGCAUCAUGAUUACCGGAACGCCACCGGUGCCGAAGCAGGCAAUUACCGGUUUCCGCAAAGACGCCGACGUGUCAGCCCUGUUCAACCCGGAGGCUUCCAAGGAGGACCUGAUCAAGGUCGCGAGUGUUCUUACCAAAUCUGCACCGCCAGGUUGGCUGGUUGAAGAUGUCUUGCGUACGAACCGCUUGACCGGUAGAACUAUGGGUGUCAAAUUCAUGGAAGGCUACUGCAGUGAUCAGAUUAAGAUUGUGCACGAUUUCAAAGGGUGGAUAGCCGUCGUCAACGGUGGAUCUGAGCCCCUUUUGGACCUGGACUACUGUGAUUCUGUUUGCAAAGGAGCGCCUCGACUAUGGCGUGGUGAAUGUAUCAGGCUAAAGGAUGAAGGACAUGCACCAUUCUUCGAUAAUCCGCAAGGCUUUCUGACGGUGUUCUUGGACUUUGUUGACGGCUGCAAAUUGUAGCCCUGGAGAUUUACUUAUGGAAGACUGAAGUAGCCGAGGCUUUGACCUGUUAGGCUUUUUACACCUCGAUUUUGAUGACACGGGGCCCGAGACAGAAACUAGACUUUUAUAUGCAAAUGGUGUUGGCCUAGUUCCCAAAUGGAUGCCAUCUCGCGAAAAGUUGACCUUUCAUUUUUCACCUCUCUUGAUUCGGGAAAAGUUUUUACUUCUCUGAUCCCAUUUUAAUGUCCCCCCUAAGCUGUCGUGAGCAAGGGCUGAGCCUCCCCUGAGUAGCGCCUGAUCAGGCCUGAGUAAAGCGGCAAGAGAUGGUGUGAAAGGCAGGGGGUCGGCGGGGGCAA